UGUUAAUGCUUAGGAACAGACCCCAGUAAGCUGGUGAAGAAAAAUGGCCCUUAUUUUAGGUCGGCUUGGUUGUCAGUUUUCGUGAGUUGUAUGCGCCUACUGAGUUUUGUGAGCUUCUUCCAGGGAUAUUCAACUUUUUCAAGCCUUCGCCCAUUCAUGUCUCGGUAAAGAAUGUCAUCUGACCGUGAGCAGAAAUCUGUAAACCUCAAGGCUCGCCUGAAGUCUAAGCUAAAGCAAGCAGGUGUUCAAAAUUCUGACUCCAGUAGUGAUGAGGAAGAGACUAAAAAAAAAAAAAUAGCUCCCAAAACCAAAACUACCAGUAAUUCCUUGGCUUCACCUAAUACAAAUGGAAUUUCUGACAAAUCCUCCCAGAGAAGAUCUGUGAAGUCUACAGAUGAACUUGAUAAGUCCACUGUAAGCUCUGACAGUGAAGGAGUGGCUACACGGCCAAAGAAACGGACCAUUUGUACUUUGGUUAGUGAUGAUACUGAUUCAGAUACUUCAGAAGUGUUUCAACCUAGGUCCUCCUCACACAGAAAACUUAAUAUAUCUUCUGGUUCUGACGCAGAUGAUGAUAAUGAGGAUGUGUGUGAAACUGGGGUGAGCUCUGAGAGUGAAGAAGAAGAAUUUAGUGAUGUUAUUGACAGUGCAGAUGAUAAUUGUGAUGAGGAAGAAUCUGAAGCAUGCAGCUUAAUUGAUAAUGAAGCUGCUGAAGUUGAUGGAUCAGUGUCAGGAUCUGCUGAUGAAGAAGGAUUUGGGGAUUCUAUAUCAUCUUCAGGUUCUGAUUGGGAGAGUGACUGGAUGAGUGAAACAGAUGAGCCUCACCAUGCACCAAUUUCUAAUGCUGCAUCUAAAGAUAUUGCAACUUCUAUUGGAGUCGCAGCUUCCUCUGGAUUUGCUUCUGACAGCAGUGAUGGAACAUCUGAAAAAUGUCCAAUUUGCCUUUUGCGCUUCAGUAACCAAGCUGUUGGAACACCGGAGUCAUGUGAUCAUGUGUUUUGUGCUGAAUGCCUAGAACAGUGGUCAAAGAAUAUGAACACUUGCCCAGUUGACAGACAAGAAUUUUCUCUGAUUUUGGUAAGACGCCGCAUUGGAGGGAAAGUUGUCAAACAAAUUCCUGUUCAAAGAAAUGAAGUGAAAGAUGCAGAAGAAGUAGAUGACCCCACAUACUGUGAAGUGUGUGGUAAUUCUGAUCGUGAAGAUCGCAUGCUCCUAUGUGAUGGGUGUGAUCUAGGCUAUCAUAUGGAAUGUUUGGAUCCACCUCUAAGUCAUGUUCCUCUUGACAACUGGUACUGUUCAGAAUGUGAUCACAACAAUUCCAAUAAUCCUAUUGCAGAAGAGGUGGACUUUGGCAUUGAUGAAGUACACGAGUUGUUGCAUGAUGCUCAAAAUGUAGGAACUCCUCAUCCUCGUCGCCCUCCUAGAAUGCUUCCCAGAACCCGCCAGGUUGAACGAGUGCUUGGGCGUAUCCGACGUGCUUUCCUUCAAAGACAAGAAGUUCUAAAUGCGAUGCCUUCCACAUCUUCUGGAAUAGAAAAUAGACGUAGUGAAAGUAGGAGGCGGAAACGAAAAUCUGUUAAACGAAAAUCUGCUCCCAAGAAACGAAGAAAGACUACAUCUAAACGCACUACUAAAGCAACAACAAAGAAGAGAACUUCGUCAUCUGCUUCCAAAAAAACCACGACAAAGAAAACUACCGGGAGAAAACGAAAGGCGAGGAAGACAUUAGGCAGCAAGUCCAAGAGAAAGAAGCGUUCAAGCAAGGUUUCCCGCACUGCAAGAGUUGUUUUACCUCACUCCGUGAAAGGCAGACUUGCUGAGCAGUUGGGUAUGCGACCUCUCCGUCAACCAUGGCAGACCACACCAGAGUUACGAUCAGCUCCCAGCAUUUCUGGAAUUGUGUUGGAAAGGAGCAGAGCAGGUAUACCCACUCUUCAUCUCUUUGGUCAACGGGAUCAGCUGGACUACUUUUCUGGAUCUGACGAGGAAGUGGGAGGUGGUGGUGGCUUGGCUGUUGUACACCAGCCACGUGAAACACUUUCUCUUGCUCAGAGAUUGAACAACCGCAAAAGACUUGCUGCAGCCUUGCUCAAUCCAAAUCGACGACCUCGAGUUGAACCUGUUACUCCAGCCCAACCUGGAAGUGACCUGGUUGAAAGUAUUCUUCUCAACCAAACUAAGAUGCUUUCUAAGAAGACUGAUGUAAAAAUCAACAUUGAUGGAACAUUAGAUAUCAAGCUGAAUGAGCCGGUUGUGAAACCCAAUCCUGCUGAUGUACUUAAGGAAAGACUUGGACAAAAUACUGUGGAUGUGAGAGACAAAUCACACUUAUCCACUGGCCGAGUUGUACAAGCCCCUCAGUAUUCUGGAGGAAGGCGUGGUGGACAAAAUUCACACAGUAACUCAUUCAGUGGAAGCAAUUCUGGUGGCAGAAGAAAUAGAGGUGGGGGUAGUGGUGGUGGCGGUGGGGGUGGAGGAGACAGUGGUAGUGGAAAUGUCAAUAAUUCUGGUUUCCGAUCUAGUUUUAAUAACCCAGACCAGUCCCGUGCUCAGUAUGAACAAUUCUUGGGCAAUAACUUAAGCGGAGGCCGACCUCCCAGAAGCCAACCUCUGAGAUUUCGUUUAAAUGCUCCUCGCAGACCACUCAGAAGAAAUGUUAUGCUUAGGAGAGGUGCAUUGCCUGUAGGCAAUGAUGAUGAGGAGGAUGAAGAUGAUGAUAUGAUUGAUGGGGUUAUCGAUGCAGGCUCACAAGAUCCUGCCAAGGAUGGAGAAACCGGUGAUGGUCCAAGGGAAGAUGAUGAAGUGGACAUCUACAGUGACAUAGAGGCUGACGCCAAUAAAGGAGGCUCAGGAGAGGACGCUGAUCCAGAGUUUGGAGCCCUAAUGCCUCCUCCAGAACCUCCUGCUAUUUUGAUGAACAUGGGAGAGCAAAAUAGUGACGACGAAGCUAGUGAUAGUGAACUUGUGAUAGAUGAUAGAGCCAAAGGACCAGCAGAUGAGACUGAAGAUAAAUAUGAUCCUGCUGAACCAUGUGAUGACUCUAAUGAAGCUGCAGAUAUUUCAUCAGAACCAAGAGCAGAUGAAAUACCACUUCCUCCCGAACCAGGACCAGCAUUGACAGCUGCUGCUGAGUACUCUGAUGAUAGCCAAUCAAAUGAUGAUGCAUUGGAAAAAGCAACACCAGCAGAUAGUGAUACAGGUUCUCAAGAUGUAUCCAAAGACUUCAAUGCAUCUACUAUUGACACACCAGAUGAUAAUACAAGUGACCUGUCAAAAGAAAAUGAUGAGCAGCCUGAUGAGUCUGAAGAAGGAAAGAGUAAACCUGACCCUGCAGUGGGUGAUGAAUCGUCAGAGGAAGACGAUGACGAUGAUGAUUGUCCAAAUUUCUCAAUUUAUUCAGCAGCUAGUGUAAACAUUGCCAGACAAGUUGGAGAAAUAGGAUCUGAUGAUGAUAAAAAGAAGCAAACCCAAAAUUCUGCAGAGAAAGGAGAAGACAUAGAAGAUGAAUUAGACCCAAUUAAGGAAACAUCUGUGAACGUAGACACUGAAAUUGAAGAUUCUGAAAAAAAAGCGGGAGAAGAAUCUCUCCUUCAAGUUGACAUUGAAAACAGUGAAAAGAAAGCCCUUGAAGAUAGUGCAGACAGAGAUGAGUCUGAGGACAGUGCAUCAGAAGAGUCUGAUGGCAUUAAAGGUAAGACCCAAGCUCUUGUUGAAGAAAUUUUUGGCACUGAUGAUGAUAGUCAGGCCACCUCCUCCGUGCCUACUGCUCCUGUAAUGCCUGGUCUUGAAGGUUUGGAAACUGAGAUAAUUUCUGAUUGUGAAGAGGCAAUGCUUGAUGGAGACUUAAGUGAUGCUGAAAGUGAUCCAGGAAGCCGAAGGCUUAAGAAGUUUUCUGGUGAGCAUGACCCUGCAGACUUUGAGGAUGGAGAGAUUGUAGAUGAGAGUCAAAGAGGUAAGAAGGAUCGAAAGAAAGUUAAAAAAGAUGGAGAUGAAAACAUUGAGUUGGGGAAAACUGACAAUGAUAGACAAAAACCUCGCAGAAAAAGAGAGAGUCCCUCAAAAGAACGUGCUCCAUUAAGCAGCAGUGAAAACAGAAACAAAGAGAGGGAUAAGGAAAAAACAAAAGAGAAGGAUAAAAAUAAAGAGAAAGACAAAAAAAGGGAUAAAGGUAGGGAUGAUGACAAAAACAAGGAUAAAGGAAAGGAUGAUAUAUCAUGGAAGAAACCAUCAAAGAGCACCAAAGAUAGGAACUACAGGGAUGGUAAGGAGAGAGAAAAGGAUAAAGAAAAAGAUAAAGGUAAAGACAGAGAUAGAGACAGAGACAAAGACAAGGAGAGGAGUAAAGACGAAAAGAGAGAGGAGGAGAGAGAAAAUGCCAGAAAGGAACGAAAAAAGAAAGAAAAGAGGAAAGAUCUUGAACGAUAUGAUGUUCGCAAAGUUCUCUCUGAUAAGACUCUUAGUCGUCAAAAUAAAGAUGCCUUUGGCCGUGAUCUUGAUAUAAGAAAAAGAUCUCGUACGCAUUCUCGCUCAAAGUCAAGAUCGAGAUCCCGUGGACGUGGGCGAUCACGGACGCGUUCUAGAAGCCACAGAAGACUUGGAAGGUCACGCAGUAGGUCUAGAUCCAGAGGAAGAUCUCCAGGACGGCCCCGACCAAGACACAGAAGUGCUUCUUUCGAUCGCUCACGUGUUAGGAAAUCUCGUUCACGAUCCCGUUCCAGAUUGCGAAGAUCACGUUCUCGCUUAAGAACAGGAAACAGGUCUCGCUCUCAGCGCCGAUCACCCAAUCGCUCAAAGGAUCGUCCAAGGAAAAGUAGAAGUAAAGAAAGGAUUAGGAGAAGGUCAAGAGAGAACAGGGUUGAGCCCCAAAGUAACAGACAGCGCAAUGAAACCACUGCUAACAUACCGAGGGAUUCAAGAAGAGACCGUGAGCAGACUCGACCUCAAGCUUCGUGGUCCCGUUCUUUUUCACGUUCCCUUUCACGUUCAUGGUCUCCGUCCCUCAGUGGUUCUCCUCAGUAUCCUAUGUCAGAUGAUGAAGUUUUGGCUGCCCGCUCAUAUUCUAGAUCAUGGUCUCGAGAGAGAGUUGAUCAUGUUAACACAACAGACAUGGCAGGUGGUCGCAAUAAAACGCAUAAAAACCUCACAGUUAUCGUAACAAACAAUAAGGAUGAUUCAAGAAGAAAGAAGAAAGAUGGGAAAAAGGGAGGUAGAAGACAUGCAUCACCGGCCCCUUCAAAGGAAGUGUUUGCGUCAGGUGACAAUAUUUUAGUAAGUGUUAACUUCAAAUCUGGCAAGGGAGGUGAAGCCUCUUCCAAUUCAUAUCCAACUGAAAAAAGCUCAAAAAGGAAACGAGAUGAGGGUCGCAGCAAGCGUUCCAGGAAAGAUAAAAGUAAUAGCAAAGCUCAAAGAUCUGACACCCCACCCUUGGAUUCAAGUAAACCGCCUGAAAAGCGGCGUAAACCUUUGCCACCUGAAGCUGCACAGAAACCAGUAGCAAUAAUAGACCUUGAACAGUCUCCCUACAAGGAGUUCACGCCUUCUCCAAAAGAUUUGAUCAUUUUGAGUGACAGUGAGGAUGAAAACAUGCAACAAACUGAACAGGAACUUCAGCAAAUGAAGCAGAAAUUGCAUGAAGAAAUAAAUGCUGUACCUGAUGAGCCAAUGGGUCCCAAAACACCACCUGAACCACAGAUUAAAUUUUCUAUCAAUACUAAAAACAGUAUUCGAACAAUCAACAACCCACUUAUGGAAGAAGAAGAGGAAGAGGAGGAGGGCGGUGAGGAGCAAGUUGAAGGGAAUGAAACAGGAAAUACUCGAACUGAUGCAGAUAUGGAGAGCUUACACAAAGGACCCAAUACUCCUCCCGAAUCUCCUAUGGGUCCUGCAACUCCUGGUUCAUCUCCAACUUCACCAGAUGCUUAUGAUCCAUUUGAACCAACAGCUUCUCCACGUUCUGAAUCCCCAGAUGAAGGUGCUGGAGCUGGAGACAGAACAAAUGGAACAGAGAAGGCAAGCGAAUCACUUGAAAAUGGAUCAAUGGGUGCUCAAAUUGAUGAUGAUACUAGACCAAAGACUGACAUUAUAGAUGAUGCUCGUAGUUCCUCACCAAAGUUAGAUGGUGUAGGUGCUUCUCCUGGUACUACGGCCCCUGAAGUAGAUGAAGUUGAUAAAUCAAAGCCAAUGAGCCCCACUUCUUCAGCUGAGGCAGCUGCUGUGAAGACACCUUUAAAAACAAUGGCAGCUGCAGGGGGCUCAACUGAAGUCACAUCUUCAACAUCAUCUUCGACCAGUCGUUCUAUUCCUCAACGUGCUGUUUCACAGUCUGAUAGACUUUUAGCAUCUGUGAUCAAAGGUGCAUUAUCAGUGCGACCAGCAUCUAAACCAAGCACACCUGUAAAAACUAUUUCUCGACAGAAUGGGGAGCCCAGUGCACAAACUGAAGUCAUUGAUAUGGAUUUGGACUCACCUUAUUCACCAGGAUCAAGUGAAGGUGAUGACUUGUUCGAACCACCACCUGUUUAUAACUCAAAGGGAACCCCAACAAAAUCCACUACCCGCUCCAAACCAGCUAGUGGAGGUGCAUCUAAAUCUGACAAGUUUGACACACUGUUUGGCAGUUCUCCCAAACAGAGGGUGAAAUAUGGCAGUAAUUCACGAUCAAAGACUAGCGGGAAGAAUGCUGGCCGCAAUCAGGCCAAGCUCAACAAAAUUGUGAAGCAGAUGGCAAAAAUCCGAAAAGAUGGUUCUAUGAGAACAACAGAUGAAGACCAGCUAAAAAUCUUGGAUGAAGUACCAAGCUCAGCUGUUGAGCUGCAGGUGAAGGACAAGUUUCUGAAGAAGUUAAAUCGACAAGAAAGAGUGGUUGAGGAAGUUAAGCUCGCUUUAAAACCUCAUUACUAUAAGAAACACAUCAACAAGGAGGAUUACAAGGAGAUUCUUAGACGUUCUGUGCCAAAGAUUUGUCACAAUAAGUCAGGGGAAAUCAAUCCUAUGAAGAUUCAAACAUUGGUGGAAGCAUAUGUGAAGAAGAUACGGUACCUGAAAAAGAAAGCUGCUAUUGCAUCUGGGCAGUUGAAACCUAAAUCUGCAAAGAAGCAAGGAGACUGAAGAAUAAAUCAAUUAUCAUCCAUGGCCAAAUGUUGGCCCUCAUUUAGUGGCCAAAUCUAUAUUCAGUGUGUGGGAACAACUCAAAGCACUCAGGAAUUAUUAUCAUAGUAUUCAAUAAGGAGUUGUUUUCAUUGUUAUCUGACUGUAAAUUGUAUCAACUGAUUUAUGAUGAAUUGAAAGCUAUCUGUGUUCAUUCCUCCUGAGAUCUGUUACAACAGACAUUGUGUAUCAGGCGCAUUGAAAUUUUGGUCAAGCAGUGUUUAUUUUAUGUCACUUAUCUUAUAGUCCUGUAAAAAUUGUAUGUCAAUUGCAAAUGAACUUAAUCUUUGUACAAAUUAAUAGUAUGUUUCUAUUCUCAAUGACUUCAGUAAGUUUGGCUAAUAACUGUCUAGCCAUUUAUAAUUUGUGUCGUGGAUAGGUAGCUGUUUGUAUCCUUCAGUCAAAUGUCAAUGUCGACUGUAAGCGCCAAUAUAUUUUUCUUAUUUGAGAUUAAAAUGAAGGAUGUGAUUUUAUUUGUUUAUUGGCAUUGGCAUGGUUAUGCCAGAUUUAUUGUGAUUUUUAUGACAAACUAUACUUCGAAAGCAAUCAUGUAUGGGGCAGACUGCCAGCAUUGUAUAUAUAUGCAAACUGCUUUGUAUCAGAUAUGUAAUUAUUAUUUAAUUAUCUAAUAAGCUUUAAAGUAGUUUAAAGUAUUGUUUCAGCUGUGAGUCUUAGAUGAAGCAGUAUUAAUUUAUUGGCAUUGUGUCCUCUGCCAAAUAUUCUUUGGCUUUGUUAAAUUUUACCAAAAUGUCACAUUUUGGCACUGAACAGUGAAAUCUUCUUUAUCUGUUUACAAAUUGGGUUUUGAAGAUGAGCAUUUCCAAUGUCCUGUUUUGAGAUAUUUAUAUAAUUUUAUCUGAUAGUGAUUUAUUUUAUUUUUAAUUUUAGUUAUCUAUAACAUUAUUGUAUGAAAGUGAUGGGAUUUGUGGAAAUAAAAACAUCAGUUCAGUUUUUUUUUACUUAUGACAUUUAUAUCUCAGCAUUCAUCUUCACCCCUUCAUUGUCAACAUAAAAGAAUUCGAUUGUUUUUUGAAUAAAUAAAUUAUUUGCACAUAUUGAGUUUA